UACAGGGCAGUGUUUACAAGCUGGGGCGUAAAGAUGUCGUAAUGGAUAACAACUGAUGCACGAAAAUGCAAUUUAGGAGAGGAAUUGACAUGUUCUACUUAUGUCGCCCUUCCAACACCGACCAUCGCGCUAAUAGCUGGCCACAAUCUGAGCGGCAGCUAAGACACGUCUAAUCAAAACAGUCUUUAUAUGGAAUUAUUGGUCCUAGUUUUCAUCAACACGAAAGUGAAGUAAACGUAUCAUUAUAUGUGGAGCUACUGCUGCACAAACCUGAGUGUUUAUGUAUACUCUGAAGUUUAAGGAUACAGUGACGGUACACCUCUCGAAGGGAUUUACUGGAUUUCAUCCACAUUAUGGUCAUAGAGCUUGAUGUUCAAGUUGGAUUGUCUGUUGCCUUAGACUCUAAAUCUAAUUAAUGGAUUACGUGCGUGUCACGUGACAGCGACAAUUUGUGUUCGUGACACUAAUUCUGGUUUUGCACGUCUGCCACUUAGAGGAACCACAAUGGUGUUAAAUUGGAAAUCUCAUUUAACUGAAGAAUUACCACACCAGACACAUUCUAAUGAAUUUAAAUUUCAAAGUUCAAGCUUUGAUAUAUGUUUUGAAACAAACUUCAAUUAAGUAAGAGACUGUGAAAGGGGUUUUAAAUAUAAGUGUCUUAAGCUUCUUAGAUAUAAGCUUUCCUGAAGUAGUGAGCGCCUAGUGCCUCAACUGAAUUUCUGGCCCUAGGGAGAAUCUCCAACCCCUACAAACCCGACCCCCUUGCGGCCAUGGAAUUGGCGUCAACGUUGGACAAGCUGAAGCGGAAGUGCCUGCGGCGUGCACACACGGAAGUCCAAAGCGAUGUGCAGAUCACGAAGGAGCAUCAGCGCGUUCAGCCGCGGUCGACGUCUAUCUCGUCCCGUGGUUCCAUCUCCACGGUGUCACGUGCCAGCAUCCGGAGCGACCCGCUCACAGGGACUGAAGACACGAGCAGCAUCAGCGCUCGUAGCGACACCAGCGUGGACAGCUAUGUGUUCGAUCCGUCCUUUGGUGCUAUCCGCCCGGACCUGUACCCCCGGAAGGACGCGGUGCUACAGCAGUCCUCCUUGGACCGAUGUUACGGCCGUCUUCACAUCCGCCUGAAGUACGACUUCCGGACCUCAGACCUCGUCGCCCACCUAAUUGAAGCCCAGGACCUACCGCCGUCGGAGCGCGUGGAGGCGGACGUGAGCGCCGGUGACCCCUACAUCCGGGUGAGCCUGGAGCCGACCGUGGACGAGCGGGUCCGCCAGUCAUCCGUCAAGCGAAAGACGGCCAACCCCUUCUACAAUGAGUACUUCAAGUUUCCAACCACAUAUGAUGACAUCAAGGAGUCGACUUUGGUGUUCUCAGUGUUUGACUAUGACAAGUUUUCCCGCCACAAGCACGUCGGGGAGGUUCGGGUGGACCUAUCCCGGGUAGAAACCUCCAACAGCGUCGAGAUGUGGUGUGACGUCCAAAAACAACAACCGGAGGUGGCUGAGAUUGGCGAGAUCCUGUUGUCCCUAAGUUACCUGCCCACGGCGGAGCGGCUCACUGUGGUCGUGAUGAAGGCCAAAGAACUCCGAGUGCCCACAACCACAACAUCAUCAGAUCCCUUCGUGCGGAUCACACUCGUUGUGGAGGGCAAGAAGGUGAAGCGAAAGAAGACGAGCGUGAAGAAGGGUACGCACAACCCGGUCUGGAACGAGGCUCUGUCCUUCAACAUCCCCGCCGAGCUCCUCCCUAAGAUCGUCCUCGAGUGUCACGUGGUGCACAAUGACCUCAUAGGUCACGGUGAGUUUGUGGGCAGCUGUGCCAUUGGUCCGGCGCGGCCGGGCGGCGAGGGGAAACACUGGAACGACAUGAUGCAAAACCAGCGAAAGUCGAUGGCCAUGUGGCACCCGCUCCACAGAUAGGCCGGCCGAGGUGGCGCUCGUGUGAUGUGCCCGGGGAUUGCCCGGAGAUGUGUACAUGUCGUACACGCGUACAUGCCUGACGUUGGCUAUUGUGAUUUUCUUAAUUGUUUGUGAAUGAACACUGACAAGUGCUGUUAUGAAUCCACGUUGACUUGACACAUCUUGUCAUUUGUAUUUAGUGUAACGUGACUCCUAGUGCUUCGUGAAACCGGUAAAGCUAGGGGACCAAAGGUUAAUUUCCACGUGCUGCUAUCUGUAACCGAUUCUAUGAAUGUUGUAUAACCAUGUGUUGUGUCCAUGCUGAAAUCAUACACCAAUACCAUCAUUAUGUACCUACCAUCACUAUGUUCCUACAUGUUUGACUCAAGUUGAGAAAGAACUGACCACCUUGUAAAACCACCAAUAUGUACUGCCCUAAGGCCAUCACUAUGUUCCUACAUGUUUGACCACAUAUUGAGAAAGAACUGACCACCAUGUAAACCCACCAAGAUUUACUGCCCUAAGGCCAUCAUUAUGUACCUACAUGUUUGAUCUCAAGUUGAGAAAGAACUGACAACCUUGUAAACCCACCAAGAUUUACUGCCCUAAGGCCAUCACUAUGUUCCUACAUGUUUGAUCUCAAGUUGAGAAAGAACUGACCACCAUGUAAACCCACCAAGAUUUACUGCCCUAAGGCCAUCAUUAUGUACCUACAUGUUUGAUCUCAAGUUGAGAAAGAACUGACAACCUUGUAAACCCACCAAGAUUUACUGCCCUAAGGCCAUCACUAUGUUCCUACAUGUUUGACCCAAGUUGAGAAAGAACUGACCACCUUGUAAAACCACCAAUAUUUACUGCACAUAGGCCAUCACUAUGUUCCUACAUGUUUGACCACAUAUUGAGAAAGAACUGACCACCUUGUAAACCCACCAAGAUGUACUGCCCUAAGGCCAUCACUAUGUUCCUACAUGUUUGACCCAAGUUGAGAAAGAACUGACCACCUUGUAAAACCACCAAUAUUUACUGCCCUAAGGCCAUCACUAUGUUCCUACAUGUUUGACCACAUAUUGAGAAAGAACUGACCACCUUGUAAACCCACCAAUAUUUACUGCCCUAAGGCUAUCACUAUGUUCCUACAUGUUUGACCCAAGUUGAGAAAGAACUGACCACCUUGUAAAACCACCAAUAUUUACUGCACAUAGGCCAUCACGAUGUUCCUACAUGUUUGACCACAUAUUGAGAAAGAACUGACCACCUUGUAAACCCACCAAGAUUUACUACCCUAAGGCCAUCAUUAUUUACCUACAUGUUUGACCUCAAGACGAGAAUGAACUGACCACCUUGUAAACCCACCAAGAUUUGUCGCCCUAUGGAAGAACUAACCACGACAUUGCUGUCCUUUGUGAAACUGUAAUCUGAGACUAUGCCAUAUUGAGCAGACAUGAAGUUCGUUAUAUUACGCGAAACAAGAAAUGAGUAUACUUUCAUGCAUGUAAACAUUGUCUAUCCAAACAUGCACACACGGAGGGAUUAUCAAAAAUUGAUUUUUGCAUCUGUGCGUAUUUUUUGCGUUGAAUGCAUUCUAUAAACGUCUAUAAUAUUAUAAUGAAUCCCGCCUCCUAAAAUAUCAUUAGAUUGGAUAAAAUGUCGGCCUGUUUUCAUUUUAUAGUUAGUUGUUUUGUUUAUUUUUCAAAGUUUAACAGACUAAGAUGUAAGGUCUUCUUUAAUGGAAUAUUUUGAUGGCGCUAUUGUAAAAUCCAAACGGUAGAUCCAUGGUUCAUUGUUCGCCAUUACAUUUACACUAUUCCAUGUUCUUAAACAAAUACUAUAACGAUUUAUUACGACCAAAUACAAAUCAUGACCUAGUAUAUAUUUCUGUUUCUAUAACGACAAACGUUUUAGUAAUUGCUGUCGCAUCCCAUACACUGCACUGUAGGCCUCAUCGGUGUCCACCACUAUUGUCAUGGCAACCAGCAAAAAUUCUCCGAAUAUUAUCCAGUGAGUUUUGCGGUUGUCGCUGUUGAUCACGUUCAGCUUCAGGCGUGGCGAGUCUCUACUGCCUUUGGCUUUCAAAUUGAUUUAAACCCUCUGUAUAGUUAACACAAUGAAUGGUGACAGUGCAAACGCCAGAACAAUCCCUGUGUUAUAAUUCUGAAAGUUUCUGUGGAUUUGGCGUUGUAUACUUCGAUAGCAAGCAUCCAUAUAGUUAAAAAGCAGGUUGAACACUAAGAAACACUUUUGUUCCUUAUAGACGUAGGUAUAUGCUAUUAGAAAGGCGGAUGUUAAGUCACUGCUUGACCUCAUUGAGCAUAGUUGUGAGUGAAAACGACUGUACGCUUUCUUUGCAAACACAAUACACCAAAGACUGCUUGUACAAGUCCUAGUUGUUUCAUAACUUAAAGUGACUUCGAGGUCAUGGGGAUGUCUGCUGGAGUUCAAUGUGUUGCAUCUGCUGCAAGGUCAAGGUCACUGGGAUGUGUACUCGAGUUCAAUGUGUUUCAUCUGUUGCAAGGUCAAGGUCCCUGGGAUGUGUACUCGAGCCCAAUGUGUCGCAUCUGCUGCAAGGUCAAGGUCACUGGGAUGUGAACUCGAGCUCAAUGUGUCGCAUCUUCUGCAAGGUCAAGGUCACUGGGAUGUGUACUCGAGUUCAAUGUGUCGCAUCUGCUGCAAGGUCAAUGUCACUGGAAUGCAUACUCGAGUUCAAUGUGCAGUAUCUGCUGCAAGGUCAAGGUCCCUGUGAUGUGAACUCGAGUUCAAUGUGUCGCAUCUGCUACAAGGUCAAGGUCAUUGGGAUGUGUACUCGAGUUCAAUGUGCUGCUUCUGCUUGAUGGUCAAGGUCACUGGGAUGUGUACUCAAGUUCAAUGUGUUGCAUCUGUCAAGGUCGCACGAAAAAUUGGUCAAGUUAAAUAUGUUGCCUGUGCUGCUACAGGGAGAUCCGCUCGAAUUCGAUGUGAUGCAUUUGCUGCAAGGUCAAGGUCACUGCAAUAAUUGCUCGAGUUCGAUGUGUUGUAUUUGCUGCAAGGUCAAGGUCACUGAGAUGUUUGCUCGAAUUUAAUGUGUUGUAUUUGCUGCAAGGUCAAGGUCAUAGGGAUAUUUGCUCGAGUUCAAUGUUUUGUAUUUGCUGCAAGGUCAAGGUCAUGGGGCUGUUUGCUUGAGUUCAAUGCGUUGUAUUUGCUGCAAGGUCAAGGUCACUGCGAUGUCUGCUCGAAUUCCAUGCGUUGUAUCUGCUACAAGGUCAAAGUCAUGUAAAUGUUUGCUCUAUAUGCUUUACACUUGGUAGUUUUUCGAUGUUAAUUAAUGACCAGUUGCCUAGCUUUACUGAACCAAGUUUAUAGGAUGAAAAUGGUCAACAAUACUCAUUGUAGAUAUGAAACAGCUGUACAACUGGCCAUUAGUUUUUAUAGGCAAAAUUUAAUAUUGUAGUUAGUCAAACAUUAUGUCAAGGAAGCUGUUGGUUCCAAUGUCAUGACACUAUUCUAUGUGUGCAUUAAAUGCCCGAACAAGCCAAUGACAAUCUUAUUUUAUCUGUGGUUGACCUUUGGUCUUCAGCAGUUAUGUUUAAGCCCUUUUGAAUAAUAACUCACAACAAAAUGUUUCACCUUUAACUGUACUUUUAUUUAAAAGUAGUUAUACGUUAACACGCUUUGUCUUUGUGAUGUAAACCAGUAUAAGCACAAAAGGAACCACCCCAGUCCUACAAGUUUUGCUAUGAUAAAACCAUGGGAAUGAAUUAUCCGGUGAGUACAUUUACUUUUUAUGUACAACCCUGCUGAUGCUAUUUCUAAACAGGUUGUUGUUACUUACCUUAGAAAUUUUCAUUACACUUCUGUAGAAGGAUCAUGCAUCAUACAGCACAACACACAUUUGGUAUUUACAUGAUGUAUUGUAAUGUUAUUGAAUUCCAUAUGGGCUAGAAUAGGAAUCCAUGUUUGAUGUGCUUCUAAUACGCCAAAAUGUAUAAUAUAAUUGUUGCUUAUGAAGUAUUUGGUUUCAAACUACAGCAAUAGAUGCUAAUUUAUAUGAUUUUUCACAAUACCAAAUUGCAAUUUAUUGACUGAACUUUUUAACUUAAGCUACUUGGAAAACUGUAUUUCUUAUUUUUUACAUAAAACCUACUUGAAAGUAAUUCAUAUAAACGAUAACGAUAUGUCUCUGUUAAUGUUUAAAAAUGUUAUUUUAUUUUCAUAUUUAAAUAAUUGCAAUACAGGGAAAUGAAUGCUGGAUAUACCCAGAGGCACGUAGGACAUAGGGAAAAACAGAGGGGCACAUUUAGGUUUUCCCCGUCAUGACUUACGACUUCUGCAAGCAAUGCUUGGACUCAAUAAUGGGACAGGUUCAUAUAGGAAUUAAAUUUCUACCCUCCACGCACCCUUUACAAAAAGAGGCGGUGAUACAUGUAUACAGAACAAGGCAUUCUACAAAAUAGAUGAGACUGACGGUGACAACUUAAAUGUGCUCCAGUCUGUUAAAACCUAUCUUCUGUAAUACGAGUACAUGUAAAUGUGAUUCAGAAAUUAUUUUUGUGUUUGUGAAAUAAAAGCUAUAUUCU